AUGAACGUCUGGUUGCAUGGAAAAAUUGUGAACGCGACGAGUCGGCAAAGAGGACGUCCUCGGACAAAUGCGAAUAUAGAAGAAUCCCAAGAUCGACGCCGCAAGCAGUUGCGUUCUGCGCAGCAGACGUAUCGCAAGCGGAAAGAUAAAACCAUCGAUACACUGCGUAGUCGUGUGUACCAGCUGGAAGAUGGCGUUGAGCAGAUCGGCCACUCAUUUCUAGCUUUCAGCAGUCUCCUCUUGAAAAUGGACAUCGCGAAACGUGACUCUCGUGUCACGUUGAGCCUCCGAGAACUAGUUCAGCAAUGCCUGGCACUUGCCAAGACAUGUGACGAGCUCGAGGAACGUGCUCACCUCAACCCUGCUCUCACCAAGAACGCUAUGGGAAGAAAUUCUAUGCAAAGUGACGACUGCGUGAAAGCCCUGGAGAUUGAUGGAAACACUGCUACGCGACACCAGAGCCCUAUGAAACAGUCCAAAACACAAUUACUAAAUGAACAACAAUCGUUAUCACCAUUUCAAUCAACGUGUUCAUUCAACACGGCUAUGGCGACCACCAUCUCUCACUCUUACGCUGCAAUACCCUGUUCACCCGACCCUAUGCCAAGCUCAGUGUGCUGUCAAAGUGGAUACCAACUGCUUGUCAACGCUCCAAACAACAGGAAGGUUCAAGAAAUCUUUGGAACUUUCCUCUCUUCAACGGAGCGAAACGCCUUCAUUUCAGCUUUUUGUCAAGGACUUCAAGAUCAAAACGGCGACUUGGUUAAUCAAAUGGCUACCGUUUUGGCCCCUCUACAGUUGAGAGGAAGUAACUAUACUUCCGAAGAACUCACAGCGUUCUAUGCAGGGUCGAACUCUGCGGCUAUGAUGCAGCUGGAUGGAUUGAUGGAUGCCAAUGAUGUGCAGGACAUGCUCUUUAAGAGGGGAUUCUACAUCAAAGAAUUUGCUCCGUCGUUAUCUAGGUCGAGCCUCAACUCGACGCUCGACGUAGCUACUUUUGCCGAAUGUGAGUUGCUUGUUACACGAAAUACUUGGAAAUUUACUAAUAUUGGGAUGAACGAUAAAGUACUCGCCAUUCGAUGUAUCUGUAUUGGAUCUGGGCCUGUGUUUAAAAGGCGGAACGUUGAGAGAUCAUUGCGCCUCGCAAUGUGUGAUGAUCCCAUCCAAGUUGUCUCCGAUUCUUUUCUGCCGGAUCUCGAUGGUAUUUGA